UUUUAAUCUUCUCCGUUCAUAUCCACACUCUUUUUUCUCUUAAUUUCUCAUAAAUUAUUAUCAGAAAAAAUUAUCUCACCGGCGAUGGAGUUUGAAUCGGAUCACUCCGACGGGUUCGAUCGGUUACCCGACCCGCUUAUUCACCUCAUGUUCAACCAAAUCUCCGAUAUCAAAACCCUAAUCCGGUGCCGCUCCGUUUCCAAACGGUUCAACUCGUUGGUACCUCAAGCCGAUUCGCUUCUCCUACGAGUCGACCGGGUAAUUUCCGCUACUGAUUCUGAUGACGACGACGAUUCCUUCCUCAUUGCUUUCCUCAGAUCCAUUAUCAAAUCCCUUCACCAUCUCGUUUCACCAAGCAAGGCUCUCCCAAGCCCUGCCCGAUCCCAGAACUCACCCGCACAGAUCCUACGGGAGUUCGAGAGGAUCAGGAAUCUCCAAAUCGAGCUUCCUUCAGGUGAUCUUCGGUUAGAGAAAGGCACGACGAUAAGGUGGAAGGCGGACUUUGGGAAAACCCUAAAGAGUUGCGUGAUUUUAGGGUUUCGCAGCGGGGACGGAGGCGGUGGAGAGGCGGAGUUUGGAGGAGGAGCUGGUGCAGGGUUGAAAAUGAGGGUAGUUUGGACAAUUAGCGCGUUGAUUGCGGCAUCAGCGAGGCAUUACAUGAUGGUGGAGGUUGUAAACGAGCAUAAAGAGCUGGAGAAUUUGGUGAUCAAGGACAGAGAUGAUGAAGGGAAAGUGGUGAUGGAUAAGAAAGGAUUGAAAGAAUGUAGAGAGAGUCAAGGUGAAGGCGAAGAAGCUGAGGUAAACAAUGCCAGUAGUGGCAAUGGAGUUGGUUUGUGGUGGCGUAACAAUCGUACAACAGUGCCAGCAGUUCGAAUGAGGAUGUGGCAUGAAGCGAGGAUGGAACUCUCCGGUGGCAUGAAAAUGGUCGGAGCAACAUUGGUGGUUGUCCGACCGACUAAUGGAGGGGGUGAGAGGAGUGAGGUGGAAGAACAAAAUGGAGAUGUAGGAUUAGCAUUAGGAGCAUUUGGGGAAGAUGCAGUGUAUUGUGAAGCUGUGGAGAGGUUGCUCAAGAGUCGAAGUUACAUUCUGGAGAUGAACUCUUUCUAG